AUGGAGUCUUCAAUAGAAAAUGUGAACGAAGAAAACCGUCCCGCAUUGAUAACGACACCAGACACACGCACCAUUGAUAAUAAUGUUUUUACAAAAAUGUCAGCAAAUAUACUUGAAUUUUUGCGGAAAACAGGUUAUACACUGGUGCAAAAGAAUGGUCAACGUCGGUUAGGUGGGCCUCCACCUAAGUGGGAAGGACCACCACCACCUAAAGGAAGUGAAGUAUUUGUCGGGAAAAUUCCACGCAACUGUUUUGAAGACGAACUUGUUCCUGUGUUUGAAGAAGUUGGUAAGAUCUAUGAAUUACGUCUAAUGAUGGAUUUUAGUGGUUCUAACCGUGGAUUCGGCUUUGUGACGUAUUCGUCACCUGAGGUUGCCACUCGCGCUGUUGAGAAACUGAAUAACCGUGAGAUAAGACUAGGUAUGAGAAUUGGUGUCGUCAAAUCCGUGAAUAACUGCAAACUUUUCAUCAGUGGGAUUCCUUCUGGCGAAAGUGAGAGUGACAUCAGACGUGUACUGUGCCUUGUCACAGAGGGGGUUGUGGAGGUGCGACUCAUCAAGAAGACGGGAUAUGGCGGUAUGAACAGGUCUACGAAUUCGAAUGUGCAGAAUGCUAUUGUAGAAUAUGACAGCCAUUGCUCGGCGGCUUUGGCCCGCAGGCGGCUGAUCCCAAACAGAGAGAAACUCUGGGGAAGGAACACCAUUGUGGACUGGGCCAAACCGCAGUCUUGCAGCAAGUCCCAUCAAAGGAAAGCCAUUUUAAGUGCAAGAUGUUCAGAAGUUGAAUAG